UGGGUCAGCAAAAAUGAUGCUAUCAUCAGCAAACUAAAACAAAGAUAGUCGUUUUUUACUGUAACGCCAUUUACUAAUGCAAACAUCUCAGUUUUGGGGUUGGAAAUUAGUAAGUAAACUAACCAGCAUCGACUGCCUGACAAAACUGCCUCUCUAGCUAACGUCAGUUGCACUGUUGAAGAAAGUUAGCUAAGUUAGCUGAUAAUGUUGAGGCUAGCAAACUAACAAGCUAAGUUACUAUUGUUUAAAUAAAUUGAGAGGUGGUCAAAACACACAAGUGUUUUCAAAAGUUCUGCGUUUGUCAGCAGCAGGGGGAGAAGAGUGAAGUGAGCUCGCUGCUCCCCCAUGCUUUUUGAGAAGUUUUCAGGAGUUACCGAAGCAACCAAACUCCUCCCCUCGGGUCAAGUCCAGACGUUCAGCGAUACAAUGUGCAUUAUUGAUGAAUCCACAGGUAUUAACCUGCCCUAGAGCUUGAAACAAUGUGGCAUACGAAAUGGGAACUGGUGUGUUGUGUCAGAACUUAAAGAUCACAUAAGAAUCAAUUAUGUGUAGGAUAGAACACAUUCUAAACAGAUGAAAUUGUCAAAGCUGAAGUUGGACUGCUAAGGGCCAGGUCAGACCGAGGCAGACGGGACCCGGGAGACCAGAGUCAAGGCAUCGGUGGAAAACUGGGCCAGAAAAAGGUCUCCUUUUAAGGAGGGGACAGUUUUGAGGGAGGAGGUAAGCAUUGGGGAAGUUGUUGAAGCCGUGGGCUAGCACAGCACCAGGAUAGUUCUGAGUGAGGAGCACAUGGAAGGGGAUCCCCAAGAUCAAGAGGAGGAUUCUGAAGCCCAGAGGAGAGCCUCUUCCCCUCAGUCCUCUGUGCUGUGGGAGAAGUGUAUCCGGCAGAGUAUCUUUGUGGACCUGAGUGAGGAUGAGAGUCUCCACUUCAGUGACCUGGAGGGCUCCUUCACGGUGCAUCUCUCCCAGGCAGAGUCGGCUGUCUCAGGGAACAGCAUCCAUCUCAGUGAGAACUUAGAGCUGUCAGUGUCUGACUCUGGGGAAUCCUCCACAGAGAGCAGUAGCUGUGUCAGUGGCCAGAGUGAGAGAGUGGUGGAGGGUACGACUAAGAGCAGUGGGAAGUGGGUGUCUGCCCAGAGACCCAACACUGAGCAGAAGCAGACCAUCUGGGAGUAUGAGAACCCAGGAGACACCUCCGAUGAAGAACAGGAGGACCUUCCCCAUGACGGGGACCUGGGAAGCCAGUACAUUAAUCCCACAACCAAUGACAGUCACAAGUCUGAGGAGAAUUGCAAAAUAGCUGAUAUUCUGUCAAAAGACCAAGCUGGAGCAUUGCAUUCAAGACACAAUGUUAGAGAUCAUUUUGAUUUGCCAGCAAUGGUUGGAGAGGUCAAUAUCAUACAAGGUCACAUGCAAAUAGAAGUCAACACUAUUAACCAUGUAUCUAUAACUCCACCCGAGGGAGAGGAUAAAGGAGCUUUUUUUGACCCUGCAAAACCAGAGGCUGUUCCCACAUGCAGUAGUCCUGUCCGUAAAGUCCUACACCCAGACAUCACCCAGCUGCUGCUCCGUCACUUUUCCCAGGAUGAGCUGUUCUGCUCAGGCAGUCUGAUCGAGGCAGAGACCCUGCCGGAGGUGUCCCUUCUGGAGAGCAUGGACGAGACAGUGCUGAGCAGGGGCCCUUUGCACAGUAGCACAGGGAGCCCCAAUAAUAAUAAUAGUGGAGGAGCCCCACGACGCAGCAGCGCAGGGGGACCCAGCAGCGAGAGUGAGAGGAGUCAGAGCCUACAGGAAGAAGAUGAAGGGAGGAGUGUUCAAAUGAGUCCAAGAAAAAACCUGGAGGAGAAAAAUGGAAAAAGGACAGCCUCAGAGGGAAAGAACACACGGCGUGUUGAGUCUUACAACAGUGACGUCAACUCUCCUCAAAAUAGUGACAUAUCAAACAGUAAAAGUGAAGUCCCUGAACAGGACAGUAAUGGUAGCAAUGGUUCAGACCUAACCAAAGAGGAAGAUGAAAAUGAUGAAGAUGAGGAGGAAGACCAAAUCUGUAGAGGUCCCCUGGUCAGAACCAGGUCUUUCAGUGAAUUAAAGUAUGGACAGGGCCAAGUCCACUACCCACUCCCUGACUUCUCCAAGGUGGCUCCAAAAGUGAAAAUCCCGAAGAGUACCAGUGUUCCGGUGAGACCUGUCAGCCAGUCUUCCAGCUUCCUCAGAGCUCAGUCCUCGCCAGGCAUGCUGGGUAAGUCCUCUGCUUUGGAGGUGAUCCACAGAGUGAUGGAGGACUCUAUUCAGCCCUCAGAGAGACCCUACGUGUUCAGAGACCAGGACAAACAGACAGAAACCUCCCCAGGACUGGUGCGUCAUCUACAGGCUGAAUAUGAUAAACUUAUGACUAAGUAUGCAGAGGCUGAGAACCUCAUUGAUCAGAUGAGACUGGGGACAAAAAAUCAAGCGCCCUCUGACCUUACCCUGGAUUUUGACUGUGGUGACCAGCAAGACCUUCCGGGUCCUGGUGGAAGCCAUUUUGGAUCUAUGCUCUUCCCCAACCCCCCAUCUCCUACAGGCAAGAUGCUGUCUCUGACAUCUGAUAUUAUGACGGGUCCUCUCUCUAAUUUAGGCCAUAACAUACGUUGGAUCUGCAUCGUUUCAGCUUUUGUUGUGUUUGCAGGACAAUUUACUGUUGGUCCAAACCAACAAAACCACUCUAAACAGCCUAGCACUUCUCCGACCCAGACUGACCAACAGAGUGAAGGGGAAAGGAUGACCAGGGAGUUGAGGGAUAUUAUCAGUCAGUUUUUGCAGAAGGUGGAUGAAUUCAAAACGUGUCUGACCACAAUGUCAAUUGCUAUUGAAGAGCAAGAAAUGGUGUUUAAAAGUAUGAUGGAUUACCAGGACCAGCUGGAGAGGCGGUACAUCAGUAAGAAGGAGGAGCACAGAACUCUGGAGAUGCAGAACUAUUUUGGCCUGACCAGGAACACAGGCCAGUUCGACCCCGAAAGGCAGGUGGAGGGGGAGAUAUUCAGGAUAGGGAUGCAUCUAGAGGACAUUAAAGAGCUGAUUGACAGGAACGUGUGUGAGCAGCAGCUCUCCCCACCCCACUCAUCCUCCACACUCCUGUCACUGUGUGGGGGUCCCAGUCUCCCUGGUCUGCUCAGCCCCUCACUUCCACCACCCAUGCAUGAGGGUCUCACGUUUCAGAUUCCAGGCCCCUGUUUUUCCACUGGGGGUUAUGAGACAGUGGAGAGGGAGGAAGAGGCCAGUGAGGUCCAUGGACAUGAUGGUUUAGACCAGAGCUGUGAUCUCACACCUGCUGACCCCCAACUGAACAGCACAGGACACAGCAGUGUCAGUCUACGGCUCUCACAGGGCUCCCUGGAGACACUGGACAUCACCAACACAGAGGAAGAGGAGGAGGAAGUGGAGAGGAGCUGGACCUGCUCGGGCCUAUCUGAGGGGAUAGCUUGUGAUAGGGUUCUGCAGUAUUUGGCUCUCCAGAACCCGGGAUUUCGAGACAGACUGUGGACACCUGAAAGCCUGCAGCAGAGUCCCCUGAGCCCAGACUGUGACCUGGGAGGGAGUGUGAGUCUGGCUGUAAAGGUUUCCUGCUCCUCUUAUCUGAAGAGCCAGUCCCAGAGCAUCACAGACCACACUCUCACCACUUCCCAGAGAAUAGUGAGUCCAGAGACAGACAGUGGGUUAGGGAGCUCUGACUUGAGUCUCCAAGCCACGGGACUAUCUCAACCAAAACUCCAUACAGAAAGGCUCCAGUUCCAGCCUGAUGGGAAUUCCAGUCCUAUCACUAUGAGUGACAGUGAAGGCUCCUGCGCCAACCUGCAGACCACUAUGCAUCAGCCUGUACAGGUGGGAGAGAGGAGACCCAACCCGCAGAUAAAUGUCCAUUCAGCUGGGCUGACAGGAAAAGGGACACCUAGCCUGCAGUCUACUGUCCAUCUGACUAGGGAUAUUGGAGAGAGGAGACCCAGCCUACAGACACCUGCUCAGCUGCAGCUUUGCACCACUGCGGUGGACCACUGGGUGACCAGCACUACUCAGAGUGUACCUGCCGGACUGCAUGAGGGUGAAUCCCACACUACCAGUCAGCUCAGUCAUCACGGCCCUGACUGCCAAUUAAAAACCUCCCAUAGCAUCACAAUGGAUAUGCCACAGAGCGACUGCCACUCCCACACCUGUUCCUGUCACAGUUCGGCCAUCCAGGCCCUGCAGUCGGAGGUGUCCCAGCUGAAGAGAGACCUGGAGGAGGGUCUGGUCCAGCUGCCACAGCUCUCCCAGAGGAUGGAUAACCUGACCUCCAGAUGCAGGCAGAACAGAGACAGAAGGCCCAAGACCCGGCCCAGAACACACCAGAAACCAGCAGGGAGCAGACAGAGUCUGACCAACACCAACUCCAAGAUAGAAGACUGGAUCUCCUCAGAUAUGGACCCCAGCAAGAGCAAAGGUACAGACAGUGUGGAGUCGGACCGGUCUGGGAUCAUGCUACCAUUCCACAGUACACCACUAGGUGGCAGGAGAGGGAGCAGCAAGCCCUACUCCUGCUCAGAUGGACCAGUGAAACCCCAGAGCAAAAAACACUUGAAUACAGCAUCAGAGGAGAAUCGUUCUCUGGAGACCUCCAAUCUCACCCAUCUCAGUCCUCCAGCACUCUGGCACUCAUACAAGAACUUCAGCUACAGAUCUCCACCACCACCAUGUGACAUGGAGAAUGUCUACUCUAAGGGCAGGUAUCCUCUCUCCUCUCAUCCUCUACAGAAGCCUCUGUUGCAAGUCAACUAUGUCUCCUCCUGCAGUUUACCUGCAGGUUUCAAAGUGCGAGAGCAGCAGUCUGUCUCCCACCACCGGAGGCGCUCUACCCAGUCAGACUCAGCACUGCUGCCCAGCAACGUGUACUUUCAGCAGACCUUUCCCCCAGCUCUCAGCCCCCCCAGGACUGGGUGCAGAGCCAGCAGGCACAAAGCCAGCAAGGAUGAGGACAUCAACAGGACAUUGGACAGGGCUAUCGAGGCAGCCCGCAUUAUGAAGAGGACCACUGAUAGGAUGGCCAAGAGCCUGUCAGCUGACCUUGCCAAGGUUGAGCUGUACAGGAAGUUACACGGCCUUCACCCAUUGACAGGGAGGAACAAUACUGGCUCAUAACACCCUAAUUGACACACUGGAGAUACUGCUGCUACUAUAGGGCUGGUCCAGGAUUAGCUAAGCAGUGAAUUCAGCAGGGAUUAUUUUGUAUACAGGUGAAGUCGGGAAGUUUACAUACACCUUAGCCAAAUACAUUUAAACUCAGUUUUUCACAAUUCCUGACAUUUAAUC